AUGAUGCUUCACUCUUGUUCACAGCCUACCACCUUGUCGUUUCUGCCUGAGAAAAUGUCCACUGCAUAUACAUCAACACAAGUAAAAACCUAUUCAUUUGGGGUCAGUUACACCCGAAAAGAGAAAUCGAAGAUGUUGUCAGCCGGGUUGUGCGUGGUGGUGGCAGUACUGCUUGUCAUCUGCGUCACUCACUGGAUCUACAAAUGGAGGAACCCAAAAAAAAGCAAAAAUGGAGUCCUCCCUCCUGAUUCCAUGGGCCUUCCUUUCAUUGGGGAGACCCUUUCUUUGAUCAUUCCCAGCUACUCUCUUGCCCUGCACCCCUUCAUCAAAAAGAGAAUUGAAAGGGGGAGGGAGAAGAGGGGGGGGGGGGGGGGGGGGGGGAGCAAUGGAAUUCCAAAAUUUUCUAGACAAUUUAGGAGCAUUUCUCCUUCGAUUGCUCUGGGAUGA